GUUCUUUGUGUUGUAUUUGGUUGUAUUCUAGAACGUAGAGUCAAAGUCAAUGUCAAAUCUAUCAAAAAAUAGGUACUUACCUAAAAUUAAAUAAUGUAAGCCAUUUGUAAUUGUAAACAAACAGUCCAGUUUAAUAAGAGAAAACCUCCUUAAAUAUUUUGGAUCACUAAAAAUAAAUCGUCGGAGAAUAAUGGUAAAAAUUAUUUAAAUAUUAAAUGGUCUAUAGCAACAAACAAUGACACUACAAACAAAAAAAAUGUAAACAAACACCACUCAAACUCAAAUAUUCAUUGCAAUAUUUUUUAGCAUUGAUAAUAGGUACUAAGUUAUUCUUAUAAGACACUGUAAAAAAAAUACUAUCACCAUGAUAUCUAAAGGAUCCUUUGAAAAUAAUUUUAAAGAUUAUUCACCUGCAGCAGCAAAUAACAUUCUAACAGUAUCUCAGACUGAGAUAUCUAAUGUUUUUCAAGAAAAGUUGCAGAAUUAUAAAUGUUCCAAAUUGGAUUUGGUGAUAACAGACAUGCAAAAUGAUAUUUUCUAUGAUGGAACUAUUUACACGGGUUCAGCAGGAUUGGCUUUAUACUACUUAACAUGUUGUUCAGUGGGAAAAAAUGAGAACAACCAUGAAAACCUAAAGACUGCAUUGAACUAUAUUGAUAUUAACAAUUUGAAAGGCCGUAGAAUAAGUUUCCUGUGUGGAGAUGCUGGUCCUCUAGCUUUGGCUACUGUGAUAUCAUACAAGUUAGGAACCAGGCGGCCAGAACACUUUCCUGAUUAUAGGCUGUUGGCUCAAAGGCUCAUGUCGUUAAUAUCAUUGUUGGAGGAAUCACCUGAUGAGCUUCUCUAUGGGAAGGCCGGAUAUCUGUACUCAUUACUUUUUGUUAUGAAGCACAUAACUGGAAAAGACGUCAUACCGGCUUCUCACUUUGAAAAGGUUAUAUCUUCCAUAAUAAAAUCAGGAAAAAAACUUUCUGCUCAGAUGAAAUUUGAUACUCCAUUGCUAUGGGAGUGGCACGAUAAAAUUUAUUUUGGCGCAGCUCAUGGAAUGACUGGAAUAUUGUAUAUGCUUUUACAGGCUCAUGCAUAUACAAGUGCUGCAGAAAAGAAGUCAUUUAUCAAACCUACUAUUGACUGGCUGUUGACUCACCGUUUUCCCAGCGGCAACUUUCCAUCUUCAUUGGGUAGUAGUGCACGCGACAGACUGGUACAGUGGUGCCAUGGUGCAACUGGAUUUGUCCCGUUGUGUCUUUUGGCUUACCAGAUUUUUGAAGACGACAAAUAUUUGAAAAUUGCAUUACAAUGUGGUGACGUCAUUUGGCAGAGGGGACUCUGCUCAAAAGGUUACAGUUUGUGUCAUGGAGUGAGUGGAAAUGCAUAUGCAUUUAUACAGUUGUACCAAGCUACUAAGAAUCCAAUGCAUUUAUACCGUGCCUGCUGCUUCAUGGAAUGGUGCGCUUUGGAAAGACCUGGGACUGAGCUUCAUCGGCCUGACAGACCAGCCUCAUUAUUCGAAGGAAUGGUAGGGCGCAUUUAUUUAGCCGAAGAUAUGUCUCGAGUCUUAAAUGCUAAAUUUCCAGCAUUUUGUCUAUAAUAUUUGAUUUUGGGGGAUGUUUCAAUUAAUCAAUUCAUGUUAUUGUAGAAAAUAUUUAUUAUUAUAUUAAAUUCUCAAUUUCAUUAUUUAUCUACUUAGUUCUUUCGUAUUAUAUUACUUAAUAUCACACAGAAAAAAAUAUAUGCAGGUAUAUAAAAGUAAAACUUUAUACAAAUAAUAUUCCGUGUUAUUCCGGUCUGAUCUCCAAAAUCUGAUACCCUAGUGGAUCAGAUCCUCCAAAAGUAAGAAUAAUAAUGAAGAGUAGAUCCGUUGGGGUGAUCAGAUCGGAAUAACCCAAUAUUUUAAUAUGAAUGGAUUCUUAUUUAACACAAGUUUUCAGUUAGAUACUGUUAAUAUUUAUACUAGAUAUGAAAAUAGCGCGGAAGUAUGUCGGUCAAAUAUAAUAAGAUUUCAAAUCUGACUUUUUAUGUUUGCAUUUUUCAUGAGUAUAAAUGUGAUAAUAUAUUCCCGUUUCAUAAUUGACCAUACUACAAUGUGAUACAGUUUGAUUUCAUAAUUGUCGUCAGUUGUUACGACAACAUUGUAAACCAGUCUUUACACAAUUUAAUAUACUAAAAAUUUGUGUCGUACACAGUCAAUUUACCACGAGAACCCCUUUUAUAAUAAAGUUUAUUAUUAUACUACUAACGAAUACAUACACAAUACAAAGUGACCCUUACCUAUGUAUUAAUGAAAUGCUAACAUCCAUACAUUUAAUAAAUUUGCAAGAGACCAAUAUCUGUACUUGAAGAAUAUAAGGAUAGGCCAAAAAAAAUUAUAUGUCUAUUUAAGACAUUUUAUACAGUCUAUUUAUCUGUUUAAGACCAACAGAAGCCACAAAUGUGAUUAUUGAAUUUCUGUCUGUAUGUUUGUA